AUGUCCCCUUCACUUCUUGGUUCAUCAUUUCUUCGCUCAGCUUCUGGCAACUUCACAAAGUUCGCAAGUAUCCGAAAUGCACACUUUUUGUCAUCGGUUCCAAUGAAGAAGCGUGGAGUUGAUGGAAAUCUACCAAAAGAUUAUUUCGAAAAUAAGACAGUAGUUGUCUACUUCUCAGCUGGAUGGUGUGGAUCCUGCAAAUUUCUGACUCCAAAGAUCAAGAAAUUCUACAAUGCUGUAAAAGAAUCGGAUGCUGGAAAGAAUCUGGAAAUCGUAUGGGUGUCGAAGGACAAAGAAGCAGCCCACCAAGAAGAAUACUAUGAGAAGAAUCUUCCAGACUGGCCAUAUAUUCCAUUUGGAGAUGAAAAUAUUCAAAAGCUAUCGGAAAAGUACAAAGCAGUGGUGAUACCGGUUCUGAAACUCGUUAACUCCAAUGGAGAUGUCGUUCAUGAUCGUGUCCGUGCUGACGUAGAAGCUGGAAUCAAGGCGGAUCCUGUGAAGACUAUGGAGGAAUGGAAGAAAUUGUUGAAUCAGUGAUUUACACAGAUGACUCAACUAGACUUGAAUAUUAUGUACAUUUUAGUAGAGAAAACAUUGAUUAUGGGUUCUUUUAAGUAAAUAAUUUC